AGAGAAGGUGGGACCGAGAUUUUAAGCGGUUUGACGCCAUUCCCCUUUCCCUCCGUCACCGAAGUGGGCCCCAUCCCACAACGUCAAGCCACUUACGAUACUCCUAUCCGAACCAAGCCAAGAUCACCGUCAUCUCCACGGCGUUGUUCCAUCCUUUCCGUCGUUGAGCUUAGCCGCAGCUCCAAUCCGGUUUCUUUCUGCUUCUAUUCUGGUUUAGUUGCUUCCCAUUUCUCAUUUCAAUCGAGAUUUUUGCGCGUUUGGCGUCUUUAGUGGAUUUUGAUUUUGUUAAUCUUGCCGUGGAGUUUGGAAGUCUUUCAGUGUGGGAUCUUUUUUGAAUGAGUCAACGCGUGGAUUCUUUGGUCUUCUUUCUUUCAUGUGUUUACUUUGGUGGAAGAACAGAAUUGACGUCAUUUAUCCACCGAUAUAUCGGGCGUUACCUUGAAUUCAUUAAUUUGAUUUCUUUGUGAAGAGAAAUUUGGAGUCAAAAGAGUAGUAGAUGAUUGAUCCUAGGGUAAACUGAAUGUCUAGUGCCUGAGAGUCCGCAAGAAUUACUUUCGUCUCUGUUAGUCGUGUUUUUCGUUCAACAUGUUCAAUACGUAAAAUCUACCCAAUUGUGCUCGAUCAGUCUUUAAUGUAUCUAAAGCUGCAACAUGAAUGGAAUAAAGAUAUGAUGCUCUAGACGGGGAUACUUGUGAACUUCAUCGGUGGCAUCUCGUGAAUUAAGUCGUAUACUAACAGCUAAGUAGAAUUUUUAUUUGCGCAAGCUGAUAUACCUGAGCUGAAGAAGCAGCAUUUGCUUUCACUAAGUUCAGAAGACGAGGUGUAUUUAUAGAUGGCAUACUUCUUCUGUAAUUUUAUGCUUCUUUGGUGGUGAGUUGUGUUGGUGGACUUAGAUGAACGUUCCCUCACCUAAACUAUAUCUUGAAGGUUUAUACGACGCUUGCCCAUUGUUGAUGGAGCAUUCUGGGCCCUUGAACGGCACUCAGUUCAUUAUUGACAUAGCUGGGAGUAGUGAAGCCUCCACAUCUACCUCGCCACAUGAUAGAAAUUUAAAUGGCGUUGGUACAUCGCGCCGUGAAGACAGAGUUAGCAGUGUAAGAAUACCUGCUUCUCUGCCUUCAGUUUCUGUUGCAUCUAAUGGUACAAAUUCUAGGAAUUCUUCAGUGUUAAGACGAGGGGAUACCCGUCGGCACAGGAGUCCAUUGAAUUCAGGGUUAUGGAUAUCUAUUGAGCUAGUCCUCAUAGUGAGCCAGAUUGUUGCAUCUAUUAUUGUUUUGUCUUUGUCGAGGCAAGAGCAUCCACACACUCCAUUGUUUGCUUGGAUUAUUGGUUAUGCAUCUGGAUGUGUUGCUACAAUCCCCUUCCUUGGUUGGAGGUAUUAUCAUCAUAACCACAGUAGAGAGCAAAAUUCAUCUCAGCCACGUCAAACUUCCCCUCGAGUUAAUGUUUCUUCUAGGACACUUCUUUCUGUUUCAAGAACUAAUGGGGGAGAAGACGAUCAGGUUAUUGUUUCAUCCUCUAGAAGCAGUCAGGUUCCAGUAAUGAUGAAUCCAAGCAGACUGAAGUCGCUAGUGGAAUAUUUCAAAAUGGCCUUAGAUUGCUUUUUUGCUGUAUGGUUCGUCAUUGGCAAUGUAUGGAUCUUUGGGGGGAACUCUUCUGCUAAUGAUGCUCCUAAUAUGUAUAGGUUAUGCAUUGUGUUUCUGACAUUCAGCUGUAUUGGCUAUGCUAUGCCAUUCAUUCUAUGUGCAACAAUCUGCUGUUGUCUGCCUUGUAUAAUUUCCAUCCUCGGAGUUAGAGAGGAUCUGACACAAACAAGAGGGGCAACCUCUGAAUCUAUUAAUGCCCUGCCAACAUACAAGUUCAAGGUGAAGAAACGUAAAAACAUUGACGAAAGCAACUCAAAUGUGUUUGAAGGUGGAAUUGUGGCUGCUGGAACGGAAAAGGAGCGUGUGAUCUCUGGAGAAGAUGCAGUUUGCUGCAUCUGCCUGGCAAAGUAUGAAAACAACGAUGAGCUGAGAGAGUUGCCAUGUUCCCAUCUUCUUCACAAAGAAUGUGUAGACAAGUGGCUGAAGAUUAAUGCACUAUGCCCUCUUUGUAAAGGUGAGGUUGGUGGGAACCUAGUAGGAUCAGUCUCUGGUGAAGGUACCAACCAACAAAGGGGUGAGAGCAGAGUUGGAGUUAGUCCAAUCAAUAGCAUAGUAUAAUUUCCUUAUAUACGUAGGUAGUAUAGGUUCUGUAAAGGUUUUUUUUUAAAAUUUUUUUUGGCUUAGAUGGAUGGUUAACUCUCAGUUUAUCCAUUCCAUUUCAUUUUUGAUGAUAUUUUCCUAUCUUGAUGUUGACAAUUGCAUUCAAUAGUCCUCUUUUGAUGCAGCUGGUUGUUCAGGGCCCGGCCUCGUACUGGCUGUGGUGUGCAUCAAUGUCUCUUGACUUGAGUAAAAUUGUGUUCCAACA